AUGUCCGUUCUGGACGCUAUCCGGCCUUUUCUUGUUGGAUUUGUUCAGCCGGACGUGCAUAUAAGGAUUUCGUCUCAUGAGACAAUCAAUAUCCUCUGUGUUGGCACAACCCUGGUGUCUGAGAUCUACAAAUUUGUCGCCUUUUACUACAACAUCAAGAAGCAUAGCUUUUUCUUGACGUUCGGGAUGGAUCCAAACGUGAUGUUGAAUCCAAGAAUCACCGUCGCUGAUGCGCUUUCUCUGCAAACCACGCCGGGACACACUCUUUACAUGACCGUGGUCGAGCGACUGGAU